GUCUGACCUGAGGUUCUGCUCCGCCUCCACCACAUCCAGCAGCUGAUGAUAUCUCCAGAGGAUCUCAAGGUUUCUAAGCAAUGCACGGCGUUAUUGCUUUCUACAAAGACACCACGAGAGUCCCUGUUAACACUCUUGGAUUUCAAAGUUAUGGAGGCACACGUCUGGUGGGAUGUUUUCUCAGAAAUCCUGGAGGUCUCGAGUUUUCUUGACUUUUAGUUUUAGGGAAGGUCAGGUAUGGACGUCCAUGAGCAAGAUGAGAUUGCAGUUUCGCAAUGGUUUCAAGAAGCAUGAGCCGCAGGUCUUCGAGAUCAUAACCUUUCCAAAGUUUGGCAUUGGACAGCGUGCGUUUCUCAUCCAGACUCAAGGGAAACAUACUGUGGGACUGCAUCUCAUUUCUAGACGAUGCCACAGUGGAGAUAACCAAGUCACUAGGUGGAUUGAGAGCGAUUGCCAUCUCUCACCCGCAUUACUACAGCACAAACUCUCGAUGGAGCGAGGCUUUUGGAGGCGUCCCGGUUUAUACCCACGAAUGAGUGGUUUACCAGCACGAAAAGGGUAAGUUCUACUAUGGGAGGGACUCACGCUUUUAGCCAUUUUGCU